AUGGCUCAAGUCAUGAGACCGGCAGCUGGGCCUGAUAAAUACAUGGUAUCAUCUUUGUAUCAUGAUGCAAGUAUUGGAAACGCUAUUAACAUCGUCCUGGUCAGACUUAUUCUUUUAGAAACGGAAGAUCAAGAAAAAGCCGAAGAUUUAACCAUCAGUCAGCAUGCAGAUGACACAUUACGCAGCUUCUGUAGGUGGCAGAAAUUCGUCAACCCCAAAGAUGACAACCAUCCCAAUCACCACGACGUCGCCGUUUUACUCACCAGGUACAAUAUCUGCACCAAAGUCAACGAGCCUUGCAGCACUCUCGGCUUGGCGGAAGUGGCGGGGAUGUGCCAACCUCAUAGGAGUUGCAACGUCAAUGAAGACACUGGCCUAGCUUUAGCUUACACAGUGGCACACGAGAUGGGGCAUAAUUUUGGAAUGGCGCACGAUGGUCCUCACAACGGUUGCCAAGCUCCUUCCGGGGAACGACAGCAUGUGAUGUCUCCGCAUCUCAACUCCGACACCAGUCCUCUUGUGUGGUCUAACUGCAGCAGAAAUGAAAUCACGAAAUUUUUGGACCGUGAUUGGGGAAACUGCUUGGACGACGAGCCAUCGGACCACGAAUUUUUUUUUCCUCAGCUACCACCGGGAGCCAUGUAUGACGCAAAUCACCAAUGCCGGCUUCAGUACGGUCCGGACGCUGAGCAUUGCGAAGGAAUCGAAGAUGUAUGCCAAACUCUGUGGUGCCGACAAGACAACAAGUGCGUCACCCGUCUGGAGCCUGCUGCCGAAGGGACGCUCUGCGACAAGAACAUGUGGUGCCAAAUGGGCCGCUGCACCGAAAUCGGCGAACAUCCAGAAGCUAUCGACGGUGAAUGGGGACAAUGGGGACCCUGGUCUCCCUGUUCUCGGACCUGUGGAGCAGGAGUGACGCUUUCGCAACGCCACUGUGAUAAUCCAAUGCCAGCUGGCGGUGGACGAUAUUGCAUAGGAGAGCGAAAAAGGUACAAGAUUUGCAAUGCUGAGGCCUGCCAAGAAAGUGCUCCAAGUUUCAGAUCGUCUCAGUGCAGCACCUACGAUUCGGUGCCUUACAAGGAGGAGCUGCAUAGAUGGUUACCUGUCGCCACACCAAUGACACCGUGUCAGCUGCACUGCAAGCCCGAAGGCAAAUUCUUUUCAGUCAUGCUUUCAGACACGGUAGCGGAUGGCACAGAAUGCAAUCCUGGGACGAGAGAUGUUUGCAUCAAUGGGAAGUGUAGACAUGUUGCCUGCGAUUGGGCCAUUGAUAGUGAAGCUCAAGAAGACCGAUGUGGUGUGUGUCACGGAGAUGGUACUCAAUGUCUGACGAUGAGAGGGAACUUCACUCUUCGCAUUGGACUGGGUUACGUUCAGAUCAUAUUGGUACCUAGCGGAUCCCGCAACAUCCGGGUCGACGAGCAGAAGGAAGCCACCAACUACCUUGCGGUGCAGGGUGAAAGUGGCGAGUUCUACCUGAACGGGAGAUGGUUCAUUCAGUGGAGCGGAGAGUACAAAGCUGCUGGAACCACUCUUUAUUAUCAGAGAGAUGGCGAAAAGGAAUCCUUGCACAUACCGGGGCCCACCAAAGAGAAUCUCAGGAUUUUGCUCUUAUACCAGACGGAGAACCCUGGCGUAACAUACGAGUAUACCAUUCCGAACAAGAAUGUCACACGGAAACCAGAAUUUCAUUGGUCGCAUGCAGAUUGGACUGUUUGUUCAACUUCUUGUGGUGGCGGCUCUCAAUUGGCUAAACCCAAGUGUGUCGAAAAAGAAGCUGGGUUAGUGGAAGAUAAAUAUUGUGAUGCUUCUAUUAAGCCAGCGGAGAAAACCAGACCGUGCAACAAGCAUCAAUGCCCGGCGAAGUGGUGGGCUGGUCCGUGGCAACAUUGUUCUGUGAGUUGCGGCCAGAACGGGAUCCGAAAACGCACUGUGAUCUGCGUGCGUUCUCUAAAUCGUGAUCAGCAAAUAGCUCUCCUGGACGAGGACUGCGAGGCGCUGGUCAGACCCGCGGACACAGAACCCUGUCCUCAUAAGAAGCCGUGUCAUGGAGAACUUGACAGUUGGACUGCAUCGCAGUGGUCAGACGUAUGCAGCAUGGAUCCUUGUAACUUCCAGAGCCGGCACGUGUACUGUAGCCAUCCUGACGGUCAUUGCAAGGAGGAAGAGAAACCAAUGGCUCGGAGGCCUUGCGCCAAUGUUACCUGUGGUGUUUGGGUGGUUGGAAACUGGUCUGAAUGUUCGACUUCUUGUGGUAAAGGUAUGAAGAAACGCAAUGUGACUUGUCGUGGCGGCACACCAUGUCAUCAGGCGACGGAACCUUUGACAAUUGAAGAAUGUCAAAACCAAGCUUGUCCUCAGCCUGACGAAAAAUCGAAUUUUAUAUCCGAAGACGAAGUGAUGCCCAAAAAACAUGGUCACAAGCACAGGCACGGCCAUGAUCAAAAAUCAAAUCCGAAGAAAAGCUCUAGGCCCCGUUUCGUAGCGAAAGACAUUAUACAGAUACCGAUAAUUGAGUUGGAAUCCAAGGAGUCCACAGAAGAAGAAGACAGUACAAUGGACAACGAAAUCGAGCCCCCGCAAAUCCGGAAAGAGCCGGAACUAAUUCCAUACAUCUUUGGCGAUGAUGACAACUAUGAAGACGAUGACUCGGAAAAUAGCAACAAUAAAUAUUCGUGGAAAGUGAGCGUUUGGACGAAAUGUUCCAGCCGCUGCGAUGGGGGGUCCCGCAAAAGAGAUGCCGUCUGCCUGGACACCGUGUCGAAGCACGUCGUGGUGGAGGAACUGUGCGAUCCAUUUCGCAGGCCCAUCACUUUGGAGGCCUGCAACACGGAGCCUUGCCUCGACUGGAUCAUAUCCGAGUGGAGCCAGUGUUCUGCCAAGUGUGGGGAAGGCGAAAUGCAUAGAGACGUCAAUUGCCCUAAAAGAUACCACUGCAAUCCGGACACCAAACCGGAAGAAAGAGCCACCUGCUUCCUCAAGCCAUGCAUCGAUUGGGUGGAUGGACCCUGGAGUCACUGUUCGACCACAUGUGGUGGUGGGGUCCAGAUCCGACACGUGAAAUGCGUCAAUAUGACGUCACAAAGUCCAGCAACCGGAUGUUCCUUAGAGCUAAAACCAAAUCACCGUCAGCCUUGUAAUCUGGAUCCUUGUCCCGAUAGCAAGUUGGCUUUCAGCGAGUGCAGAGACAAGAUGGAGAGCAGCCUGUGCAAAUCUCUGCGGCACAUGUGCGAGACGGGAUACUUCAAGGAGAAGUGUUGCCGCACCUGCACCAAGAGGAACAGACCCAAGAGGCCUCACCCGAGGGAACGGAACCACGUUCCUUCGUAGCAGCGCGCAUACGGACUUUUUUUUUAUAGAAAUCAUUUGUAGGAGAGUACAUAUUGUAGAAGUAUCCUCGAGGUGUUAAUAAGUGAAUAUAACGUCGCAAAACAUGAAACUGGUUUUGCUAGGAGUUCUAUGCUUGCGUUCGACGAACCUUACCGGUCGACCGGUGAGUAACCGGUUACUAACCGGAGCGAUCUGUCGGUUACCUCACCGGUUACCAUUUUAAGGUUAUUGGUUGUUCAAUUAUUGGUUGAUUGAAACACGUGAUCAGUAGCUGUCAAGUGAUCAUUUAACCGGUAGCGACCGGUUGAGUUCGUCGAACGCAAGCUAUGUAUUAAAUUAAAAAGUUUUGCGCACAGGCCAGACUCUUUUUUUGGUUUUUAGUAGGUUACUGUUACGGUUAUUGCAAGUUUAAAUAGAAAAAAAAGAUAAUCCAGUUUAUUAGCAUUUUAUAAAUAUUUUAGUGAUAGUUUAGGCAAAGUUACAGUGACGUGGUAUUGGAGAGUUUUAAAAAAUCUUGGUUCCACAGUAAUUCCAAAAGGUUUAAUUAAAAUGCAAAAUUUUAUCGAAUUAAAAAAUUUAGGCCAUCAACAGUUAUUUAAAGUUCCGUUAAUAUAUGAAAUAAUGCGUUAAAUAUAUAAAACGAGCCAUGAAGUAUUGAAAAUUUCAUUAAAAUACGAAAACUCUAAUCAAUAUGUAUCGCCAACCUCUCCAAGCAACCACAUAAUCGUAACCCAAGCAUCGUUUACUAAGCAAUUGCUUAAUUUUACUGCUGAUUUUCAUAAAGUGAAUUCGGGAAGAGAGAAUUUGACGCCAUACAUGAGCGAUCUCAAGUGAAAGCAUAGACACAUUUUGAAGCUUGAGUGAAAAAGUUUUACUCACGCUUGUAAGGCCCCUUAUAUCUUACGUAAGUAUGUAUCAAACCUCUCAGUUGUGUGAAGAAGAUUCCAAAAAAAAAAUCCAAGAGAUACUUACAUGAAGUCAUAAAUUUUGAUUUUUUUUAAGGAAUCGAAAAUUUUCCUUUGAUUUUUUUUCUUCUUCCAAUUUAGGAAAUUUUUAUUGUGCUUGAUUUAUGGUGUUUAAUUACAGUUGUUGACGUAGGGGCUAAAAUCAAAGACAUCAAGAAGUCUUAUAACAAUAAGUUUUAACAAAUAAGGCAGUGAAAAUCAAGGGGAUGUAAGUGGGCAUUUUCAGAUUUCGAGUAAAACGGGUAUAAAGGUAACGUCCUAGGUAGGUUUUAAUUUUUUUAAAAAAUCAUGCUAUGCAGCAGCACCUACCAGGGCUACAAGUACUAACGCUUGCCCCAAGGCAGAGGAGAGGUUCCCCUACUAUUUGUAUUGGUUAUCUCCAAAUUUUUAAUUUCACCACUUAGAUCCCUUUGCUUCUCACUGCCUCAAAUAAGGUCAUCAAUAAUGACACUCCUUUUACAGUGGAAAAAAAAUACAUUGAAAAAAAAAUCUGAAUUUUUGCGUUAAUUUUUCUGUUUGCAAUUAUAAAUUUGUAAAUGUGCCAAAAUUGUUUUCGAAGAAAGUUUUCUUUCUAUGAAUCGGUAGUAUAUAUCUGAAUAAAUUCAUUCAAUUAUUUGCUUCCCUUCUCUCUCUGGGGGGAAAAUAUUCAUAACUGCAUUUUUACUUCACUGUAUGGGUUGAAUAUUUUUGCAUCUCCUGUGAAUUAAUAAAACUAUGUAAAUGUGUAUGUAUGAAGAAAUGGAAAAUAAAUGUACAGUUGCCUCUUAUCAGAAGGAUUUCAUUUUAAAUGCGCUAUUGUAAAGGAGCAGACACAAAACGAAUAAAAACCUG